AUGCGCAGAAGAUCUGUAAAAUAAGGAGAAGGAGAGGGUUUCUCAUCUGAUGCAUGAUAGUUUCUGUUUGACGUCCCCUGGAAUCGAAGUGUGGGGAUUAUUUAUCCACCAUCACAGAUCGCCUGGACGAUAAAACUCUUGGCGGUCGUUUCUCCUGCAGCCAGUUUGCUCCGUGCAGCAGCAGACAGGAGCAUGUUUACCUCUCAGACCUCCUCCUUCCAGGACUCCAUCGACGUGGAGGAGAGGGAUGACUUUGACAGCGAUGAAAUUGCUGGAUACAGUCAGAAAAUCCAGCUGAACUGCUACUACACCAUCUAUCUGUAUCAGGGAACCAGAUCUGAGGCUUCUGGGGAAAAUGUGGCGUGGAACCAAAGACGAGCAGACUCCACAACAAGUCAGGAUGACUUUAGUCUGACGUUAAUCGACAGCAGCCUGCCGUCGGAGGCAGAGCCAGAGCUGCGGACCUACAUUUCCCGGAGGCUGAGCAAAGGAGCCCUGCUCGGAGGCAUGGGCAACAUUGCUACUGUAGACCUCAGUCUUCCAGAGCAGGCGGUUGGCUGCUACUGCUGCCUCCUGGAGCAGGAACGGUCCCCCGAGCAGCCGGACGCUGAUGGGAAUGGAUAUGUCAUCUGCUUUAUGGGCGGCUCUGAGAAAGGACUAAACUUGUUUAGAUUAGAGCUUGACAAAUACGUUCAAGGCCUGCACAGCAGUCUGCAAACCCCAGAGCUGCAGAACCUGGAGACGGAGGUGCGGCCCUACCUGACGCAGUGGUACGAGGAGUCUGUGAUGCACAUUUAUCGAGUGGUGCAGCUGGUCCAGAGCAACAUCAGCUUCCUCCUGCAUGCUGCCCUGAGUCACACACAUGUGGAGGUCAUCAAUUCAGACGAGAGGACAAAGGCGGAUGUGUCCAGGUUCAUCAAAGCAGCCAGUUUGCAGGGUUUGUCUCAGCAAGACACCACCGCAGCGUCGUUGUGCAAGGCCAUGUCGGAGGACACGCAGUCCGACCUGAUCAUAGACUGCUCUACCAGCCCGCCCACACUCGCCAAUACUGUGAGCAAUCGCUUCUGUGAUGACUGGAUUCAGGCGUUUCUGAACGCAGCGGAGCGAUGCAACCCCUUCCUGCUCAGACAGAUCCUGGAGAACUUUAAGUUGAAGGCCAUCCAGGACAUGAACAGCCUGAAGCGCUUCGUGCGCCAGGCGGAGAUGAGUCACUACGCCCUGUUCCGCUGCUGCCAGUUCCUGCAGGGCUGCGGAAACGGAGACGUGCUGCUGCAGAACGCCCGGGCGGAGCACAGCGACCUGCCUGAGGCCUGCAGCAUCAUCACUGUGCUGGAGGAGUUCCUCCUGGAGCAGUCUCAGGCCCAGGCCUAAUUCCACUACAGGUGGAUCAGUAAAAAAAACCAACACUAUUAUGAGCAUUGGAUUGCCUGAGAUUAAAAAAAAAAAAAAAAAAAAAAAGUAGCAGCAGUUUGAAUAAGCGAGGUGUUAAAGAAGAUAAUU